AUGGACGUGAAUCGCAUUUUCUCGGCGGAGCAGAUCGCGGUGCCGCCGGACCUGCCGCACGUGCUGAAGGACUGGACGAAGGCCGUGAUCAGGGAGAACCCGAGCGACUUGCUGGCGUUCUCGCAGCAGUGGUUCCAGGACAAGGCGGUGCAGGCGUCGCAGCGCAAGGCUGCAGAGAACCAGAUCCGGCGCAUGCGGCAGCUGUUCGAGAGCUACGACGUGGACGGCCAAGGCCGCAUGGAGGCCAAGGACUUGGGCAAGUUCCUCGGCGAAGACCUGGGCAUGGACGGAUACGAGGACGGCAGCCCCGCCGAGCUGCUGGAAGACCUCGUGAUGGAGCUGGACCUGGACAACACGGGGUUCAUCGAGCUGCACGACAUCAUCCAGUGGUAUCAACAGCGGUAG